AUGGCGGCCUUCUUGAUUAUUUUCCUCUUUGAGAUGAUGGUAACAAUAUUCUAUGCAUCAGAUCUAGCAUAUAAUACAGCAGGAAGUUCAAUGAAGGUGAUGGAUUUGAUGUUGAGGAUCAAAUCCACAUGGACGAAACCUUUAAUCACAUGGCUAUACGUUUCUUUUCUCACAAUCAUUUACACUGUUUUUGUUUUAAUUACAAUCAGAUUGAUCAGCUUAAUUGUGUGGAAAGGGUUAGCGGCAAUCCUAGCUAUAAUUUUGUACCUUUACGUGGCUCAAAUUUGGGGUCUCGGGUUCGUGAUUUCGGCGGUGGAGAGAGAUUGUAAAGGAGGAACAGCAGUCAAAAGAGCAAGAAAGCUUCUUGAAGGUCGAAAACUAGAAGGGUUUUUCAUUAUGUUGAUUUUAUUCCUACUGAGUGUUCCGAUCUAUAUAUUGUUCUAUGUUACAUUGACGGAUGAUGAUGAUGAACUUGGGGUAAUCGCUCAGAUUGCCUUUGGGUUUGUUGCAACUCUACUCUUCUGUGUUGUAACAUUUUUCUCCUUUGUGGUUUUCACCGUGUUCUACCAUGAAUGUAAGCAGAGUUAUGGGGAGAAAUUAGACAUGGAAGUGAAGUCCGGAGCUGGAUGUAGUUUAGUUUCUCAGAAGUGUUAA